AUGGAGCACCCAGAGGAGACAGACAUCCUGACGGACAGGAUGCCGCUGGACGCCGGAGACACAGGGUACGGCAGCGUGGUGGGCCCCGGCCUGUCGGGCGGUGUGGGCGGCUCGGAGGCGGCGCCGCUGCUCAUCCCGGAGCCGGAGCCGGCGGUGCGGUGGCAGCCGCUGAGCAAGGCGGAGCUGGAGGCCGUAGCAGGAGGCCCGUGGUGGAGGAGGCUGCGCUGCUACCUGGUGUUACUGUUCUGGAUGGCCUGGCUCGCCAUGCUGGCCACCUCCAUCGCCAUCAUUGUGACGAGUCCCCGGCCCGUGGCCACUCCGCUGCGGUGGUGGCAGAAGUGUCUGUUCCACCAGCUGCAGCCCAACAUGGAGGCGGAGGGGUCAGGGGGCAUCAACGCACUGUGUGAGCAGCUUCCUUACUUCAAGUCCCUGGGUAUAGGGGCUCUAAUCCUGGAGGGCCUGUUCCGUAAAGAGCCGUCUCCUUUAAACGUCACUGCGAGCGGUGGAAGUUUAGGGACCUUGCCUCAGAUCCAACAUCUGCUCGCAGAGAGCAACAAAGCAGGUCUCAAAGUGGUGUUAGAUUUCUGUAAACUGGAUCUAUAUGCAGCAGGAAAUAAACCAACAAACCUCUCAGCCCCAGUCGAGAAUUCACUGCAGUUCUGGUUGGAGCAGGGUGUGGCAGGAUUUGCCAUCUGUGAUACAGAUGCAGCAUAUUCGGAAAAGAUCCUGCUGAAGUGGAGAGGUCUCUUCAGGGAGUUUAGCACUCAGGAGGAGGAGGAGAGGAUUGUGGUGGUGAAACAAACGCAAGUCUUCCUGCCAGCUCUUAGAAACACGACACUGGUUGAUGUGGUCAUGAGGUCAAUUCUGCCAUCGUCACCACAGCCCCUGUCUGCACAGGAAGUAGCCAACGCUAUAGAGACACACCUGCUAACGAGAGAACAGGAUACAUGGCCGAGCUGGACAAUCGGAGGAGAAGCGCCUCAUGAGCUAAAGAAAUUACUCCUGGUGUUGAUGAUGACUCUGCCAGGAUCUCCCACAAUCCAGUAUGAUGAGGACAUCGACCAAAUACAGAAUGCGUCUCUGAACAUUGGCUCAUCACACGGACAGAAGAAUGAACCAUCAGACACCCAUGCAGACAAGGAGAAGGCAAGGCGUGCAGCCGUGGCUCUUUUCACUUCCCUCAGUAACUCCAGAGCCAGAGAGGAAGCUCUUCUGUACGGCAGCUUCACCUUCCUCCCCUUCAACACUUCCACCAACUCUUCCUCCUCAUCCUCCUCCAACUCCACUCUCUCCUCUCCUUCAUCCCCCACCAACCUGGCCUUCCUGCGAUCCUGGGGCUGCGUCCACUUCCUCGUUCUGCUCAACCUCGGGCCGGAGAUCCACGCUCUGGAUCCGGCCUGGGCCCCGAGUCUGCCCGAGGCCGGAGUGUUUGUGUCCAGCACAGGAAUGGACCGCCUGGGGUCGAUGUCGCUCUCCACGCUGGAACUGCAGCCCCACGAGGCCAUCGUCAUCAAACUGUUUGAAACAGGAAGUUACUCGUAA